GAAGGUUACGUAAGCCAUUGAAAGUCGUACGCUACCAAGUCCUAUUUCCGAUUGUUUGUUGUUUGUAUAAAUGUACAUGCAUCGUAUGUGUUUAUUGAUUGGUCGGCUCACUUUUUCUAAUGCUCUUUUCUCCUUCAGAUCCUAAAUCACAUACACCUCUAUAAGAUAAAUAGACUAAAAUUGGACUACAGACCACAUACAAACCUACCAGAAUCUCAUGUUUUAACUAUGUUAACCAUACUGGACGUUGCUCCAGUCUAAGUAUGACUGCUAUGACUUUCUUAUAUCAUUACUAUCCUUUCUAAGUUGCUCAACAUCAAAUAUCUUGAUCAAAAGUUAGUAUAAACCGAUUGAUUUCGCACUUUGUUUUUGUUGUUGCGAUGAAGUCAUUAAUUCUUACGUCUUAUUGUACCCUUUUUACAGAUUUCCAUUUGAGGAACGACAAACGCAUAGUUUAGGCUCAAAUCUGCAAACGACUUAACAUCCCAAUAAUGGCUCACCCCAUUGUUGACGAAAGUCUCGGGAAGGACUAUCAAAAAGAGCUGUUGUUACAGAAGCACAUGAAGUUCCUAGUUAAAUGCAAAGAUGAGAAAGAUAGCACCAUGGAUUAUUGCAGAAUGUCUGGGAUCUAUUGGGUUCUUACUGCUCUUGAUUUGCUCGAUGCAUUAUCAGAAGUCGAUGGAGAUGCAAUAAUUAACUUUGUAUUGAGUUGUCAGAAAACGUGUGGUGGAUUCUCUCCAUGCCCCAAACACGAUGCACAUCUGCUCUCAACUCUAAGCGCCAUCCAAAUACUUGCAAUGUAUGAUUGCUUAGACAAAAUAAAUGUUGAGGCAGUUUGUUCGUUUGUUUCUAAACUGCAGCAACCAGAUGGAAGUUUCGCUGGCGACAUUUGGGGUGAAAUUGACACUCGUUUUUCAUUUUGUGCCGUUGCUACACUACAUAUACUUGGAAUGCUUUCCAAAAAUGUUAUUGACAUCGAAGCUUGUGCUUCGUACCUUGAACAAUGUCAAAAUAUAGAUGGAUGUUUCGGGACUCGACCUGGAAGUGAAUCUCAUGCGGGUCAAGCAUAUUGUGUCGUGGGAGCUCUAUCUAUACUUCGUCAACUACAUCGGUUAAAUAUAGACCGUGCUGCUUGGUGGCUGGCCGAGCGUCAGCUUCCAAGUGGAGGUUUGAAUGGAAGACCUGAAAAACAUCCUGAUGUUUGCUAUUCAUGGUGGGCUGUAGCCACUCUUACUAUAUUUGGUCGUUUGACUUGGAUCAAACAGACUGACCUUACUCGCUUCAUCUUAGCUUCUCAAGAUGACCAAACUGGCGGUAUAGCAGACAGACCUGGAAAUAUUCCUGACCCAUUUCAUACUUUAUUUGGUCUUGCUGGUCUCUCUUUAUUAGCUCGAGUUGAUCAGUGUUUCUCCUCAUCAAAAAAAACAGAAAAUGGAGUUAGUGAUAUAGAAGAUCCAGCAUUGGUUGCUUUGCAAGUGGCUAAAAAGAAGCUGAAAAUUAUUAACCCAGUAUUGUGUAUGCCCCAAUACUUAAUAGAUCGAUUGCAACUCAAAUUUCAACUCUUGUAAAUAUUUUCUUUCUAAUUUUAAUUUGUUAUAUUCAAACUAAGUUUCUUACAUUUUGUCCUACUAGCUAGGGUUUCUGACCGCUGCUGUUCAGUUGUAUUACCUAUUAAAAUCAUUUGAAGGCAGUACUUUAAUACAUUGUUAUACAUAUUUCUGGCUUCCUCAACAUCAAUUUGUUUGUGGUUGUUCAUUAUCUGUACAUUCCCAAUGAUUUUCUUUUAAAACAUACUUCUUAUUUGUGAUAAAAAUUCUCGAAACAAAGGUUUUGUAUAUAUCUUUGCUUGUGUUUAAUUAGGACCAGCUUAACACUCCAAUUAAGGAUAGCUAAAAAUUAUCAGUAGUUGUACAUGUAUGAUCGAGUUUCUUAUGUAUUAUUCUUGAUAGUAUUGUUACAAGCGAAAUAGGAUUUUGAUUUAAUUAGUUAUCCCACAUAGUUUUUAAAUUUUGAAUGUUUUUAAUUGCUUUACGACGGAGUGAAACUUGAUUUUUUG